AUGACAACAACUUUAUGGUUGUCACUACUGUUUAUCGGAUUACCGACGGUAUCAGGAUGGACAUUGACUGUCAGCCCAUCAGAAGAACGACUACAAAAUAGGCGGUCUGGGGACAAUUUUCUUGCUGUGUGUAAAGUGAAAGAUUUCGAUGGUGCAGCUAGUGAUGUCAAAAUUGAAUGGUUCAGAGAUGGGAAGCUUAUUCCUCGAUUUGGAAGUACCAUGACCAUCGAGCGAACCUAUUCAAAUCAGUUGAUGAUCAAUCGUCCCAAAAUUUCUGACGGAGGAAAAUACACUUGUCAGACAGAAAUCCAUGGGGAAAAACAAGAAAUUUCCGCAGAUAUUAGUUUUGUCGGUAAGUGGUUUGAUGUUCAAAUCCCCCAAAAUUCGUCAAUGUACAAAACGAGCAACACCCUGAAGAGGGAACUCGUGCUGAAAUCGUCUGCGAAGUGGUGGGAACUGAUCAACUCGAGGUGUUUUGGCAGUUUAAUGGCGUUACCCUGGACGAAAGUAAGUGUGUCUACUUCCCAACGUGGCUACGAAUUCUCCGAGAACAAUCAGAUUCUCUACAUCCCACACUUCACUGCUAAAAAAGACGACGGAGUUUAUAACUGCAACGCUGCUCAAUAUUCAUCCUUCGAAACCCUUUCAGUAAAUGUUACUGGCUAUGCGCGCCCCACAAUUACGGUAUUUGAUGUGCCAAAUGGAAACCGCGGAAUUGAGGGACAUACGAUCGAGCUCAAAUGUGGUGCCGUCGGAAAACCAAAACCAGCCUAUGAGUGGUUUUUUGAGGAAUGUAUAUUUCAGGAUGACGAGGUCCCGAUCGCUCGUUCUGACAAGCACAAUGUCGACGAAGGUCUUCUUAUCAUCGAAUCGUUGAAUUCAGAAGAUGCCGGAACCUAUAAAUGCAUCGCUAACAACACUGUUGGAACAAAUGAAAGAAGCUUUGAAUUAUCUGUUUUCUUGAAGCCAAAAGUCGAUUUGAAACACGAUCAUGUUGUCAAGGAAGGAGAAGAUGUUGAACUUGUAUGCAGCUAUAAUGGAGGUGGACAUGUCACAGCUAAAUUUACCUCUGGAUCACGCGAAUUCACGGUCAAGAAGGACCAUUCUGAAGAAGUUCAUUCUGAAGAAAUUCCAAAAGAAGAGACUGAUUCCCAGGAAACUGGAACGAAAGAACCUUCUACUUCUGAAGAAACGGCCACAACUGAUGAAGAAAUUGAAAUUAAAUCUGCGGACUCCUCUGAUAAUGAUGAGAAUGAGGAAACAACCGCGUCUAACAACGAUGAGGAUGAUCACGCUGAUGAGCAAGAAGAAUCUAAGCGGUGGAAGAGAUUCGCUGACGAUGUAAACUCUGAGAGAAUAACUUUGCAAGCAGAAGAAAACAAACUGAUUCUCCACAUCAAAAACAUUGCUUUGGAAGACGCUGCUGAUUACACUUGUGCUGUUACCAACGAUGCCGGAACAACUAACAAAGUUACUCAAGUUGGAAUUAUUCACCCACCAACCCUUCGUCACUAUACUGGUCCACAUGUUCGAUCCUUCAAUGGAAAUACUGUUUCUAUUUAUUGUGAUGUUUCCGCUGUGCCAAGUCCAAAGUGGCAUUGGUAUAAAGAUGGAAAGGAGGUGGAGGCUAACGGAGCUUCUGUCCAAAUUGAUACACAAGCUUCUUCCACUAAACUUACUUUGGAAACAUUUUAUGGCAGUGAUAACUUUGGAGUUUACAUUUGCAAAGCUGACAAUGGAGUUGGAAAACUAGAAAAGCAGAUUGAAGUAAUCAAAGUUGUGGCCCCACCAACCCCAGAGGGAAUGGAUUGCAAGAAAUUGAUUUAUCCAAACUAUGGAAAAUGUGCCGUUUAUUCUGAUUUGUACGAAAAGGAAGAGAGCAAACCUCAGACAAUCGACUUUUUGGUUGCCAAAUUUGAAGAAAUGGAAUCCGAUUACAACUGGAAUCACGCUCGAGCUGUUUCUGUUCCGUUUGAAGAAGAUAUCACUAUUCCAGACUUAGCCCCUAACACACAAUAUGUGGUCAAGGCUCGCGCAGUCAACGAGGCUGGACACAGUGACUACACCGAGGAGAUCAACUUUGAAACCACAGAUCCAUGGGUGCCACAGUCACCACAACAAGUUACAAUGAAGUGCUCGGAUUAUUGUACAGUUUCUUGGGAUACGCCAAACAGUCAUGGAAGUCCAUUGCUCAAAUAUAGAAUCACAAUUCAAGAAAUGAGAUUAAAAAACGCAAAUGAAAGUAAAGAAGAAGAGGAGCAUCACGAGAAGACCGAGAGCACAAGCAGCAGCCAAAACUCAGGUGAAGAUGAGGACUCUGUGGACAAUGUGGAAUCAACCACUGGUGAUAAUGAAUCAGAAGAAAGCACCGAGAACACAGAAAACGCCAGUAUUGAAAUCACGGAGCAUCAUGAAACAUCUCUCACAAACCAGCAUUCGGCUGAAAUAUUGCCUACAGAUCCAACCACAUCCGUGGAAAGAGAUAGCUUAGAAAUGGUCGCUUAUGGCAGUUUGAUGGUUUUGGAAGUAGAUGCUAGCGAAAAUCAGUUGCAACUUACAAACAUUAAAUCACAUUCUUAUUAUAAAGUUGCGGUCUCAGCUGAAAAUGCAAUUGGACAAGGAGAACCAGCAGAAUUCGAACAUCAAACAAAUGAAUCUCCGACAAAAUACGACGAAGGAUUCGAUACCACACAUCUGACUAUUGCCAUAGCCAUUGGUGUGUUGGUCCUUCUUCUUCUCAUUGAUCUCGGAUGUUAUAUCACCAAUAGAUGUGGAUUGAUUUCGUGUAUUUGUCUAAACUUAUGUGGAAAGAGUUCUGGAGGAAAACAGAGUGAUUUAGAAUCUGGAAGAAGUGGACCAGAGAGCAAUCGACUUUUGGAUUCCAGUGGUGCUAGGUAA